AUGGAUAACUUGAAUAACAUGAGAAAACAGGGCACUCUCUGUGAUGUGACUCUGGUGGUCCAAGGGAAGUUCUUCGCUGCCCACAGAGCUGUUCUUGCAGCUGGGAGCCAUUUCUUCACCCUGAUGUUCACUACCAAAAUGCUGGAGAACACAUCCGAAGAGGUGGUGUUGUAUGAUGUUGAAGCCACUGCCUUGGAGCAACUGAUUGAUUUCUUUUAUACAGCCAAGAUCUCUGUGAACAGCAGUAAUGUGGAGUCAUUGCUGAAAGCUGCUAACCAAUAUCUCGUUGAGCCAGUGAAGAGAAUGUGUGUAGUGUUUCUGAAAGAAGAAUUAUGCGCUGAAAAUUGCCUUGGAAUCCAUGCUUUGUCCGAGUGUACAACUUGUGAAGAUCUCGACACUGCAGCAGAGACGUUUGCGCUAUUGCAUUUUACAGACGUUUUUAAAGUGGAUGAGUUUUUGAAAAUUGAUGUGGGGCGUCUUACUCAUUUACUCACUCAGGACAAGCUUACAGUUGACUCUGAAGAACAGGUUUAUGAAGCAGCAGUGCGGUGGCUCAAGUAUGACAUAUGUAAAAGAAGGCAGUAUGUUGUCACGGUACUGGGAUGCGUUCGAUUCCCUUUCAUCUCAAAGAGUUUCCUGUCAAGUACUGUACAGGCUGAACCUCUCAUCCAGGACAACCUACAGUGUAUGAAAAUGGCCAUGGGUGGAAUGGGAUAUCACCUGACUGGCGACAAGCAAAAGAUUCAACCUCGACGCCAGAAAAGUAACCACUUCAUUGCAGCGUUUGGCGGUCUCCAUUCGCAUAUCACAAACAUCUACUACUUUAACCACAAGGAAUGUACCUGGACGGAUGUUGGGAGCACACAUGUUGGGAGUAAAGAAGGCACAUCAGUUUAUUGUAGAGAUAUGAUCUACAUCAUGGGUGGACUGAAAGACCAUAUAGCUGUGUACAAUGUCUUGGAGCGAAGAUUUUUCGAAUUGUUGUGCACUCCACUCAUGAACAGAAAGCAUUUAGCUGCCUGUGCCUUUGAGAACAAAAUAUACACAUCAGGAGGGGCUGUUGGCACGUCGUGUGUAUUGUCAAGUUUUGAAUGUUUUGAUACCAAAACCGGGUCAUGGCAGGAAAAACCAAACAUGUUAAGUCCACGACAUGGCCAUGGCUCUGUGGAAGUAAAUGGCCUCAUUUAUGUCUGUGGAGGAAGUCGAUAUGCCACAUCAUACGUCCUUUACAACUGUGAAGUCUUCAAUCCAAAUACUGACAAAUGGACCAGGAUAUGUAGAAUGAAUGAAGCUAGAAAGAACCAUGGGUUGGUUGUGGUCAACAAUAAGAUCUAUGCUGUUGGAGGCCAAGGGACAGCAGGUGGUCUGGACUCUCUGGAGUACUAUGACACGGACUUGAACAAAUGGUACAGAGCAUCUCCAAUCCCCUGGCGAGGGGUCAGUCCCAAAUGUGCAGCUGUGGGGGAAAAGAUCUACGUGCUCUCAGGCAAAGGUGUAGAAUGGAAGUCACAACUGAAGCAUGUGCUGGAGUACAACACUCGCACUGACCGCUGGAUAAUCCGAAACAAGACUAAAGCCCUUUCUCUUUCCACCUGUCUUGUUUGUGAGAUCAAAAAAAGUGAAAAUGAGACACAAUAA